AUGCACUCUGGAAAUACGUCAGGAAGAAACAAAGGCCCAAGCAAGCCGAAGGGAGAUUGUUUUGUAUGCGGAAACCCUGGACAUUUCGGCAAGCAAUGUAGUAAAAGAAGUUCAGUUUACUGCCCAAAGUGCAAGAAAAGGGGACAUUUACCAAAAGCAUGCAGAAGUUCAAGUAAACCCGAUAAAUCCACAAAAGAACCCAACUCAUUUGCAUCAUAUUCUCAAUGUAUGAACAGUGGUACUGAAACAAGCAGUGGUACUGGCAAACCAAACCAUCUCAUCAUCGAUACUGGUUGUACUGAUCACAUCAUUACCCAAAAGGAACUGUUUGAAAACUUACAACCUUGCAACAUCAAAAAUGUUAAAGAUCCAAAAGGAAAUUUUACUCCUGUUGAAGGAAUUGGUGAUGUACCAGUAAAGCUUCAUCUGAAAAAUGGAAAAGAGGAAGAAAUG